AUGAGGCGACAAGCCCAGUCACAAGGCAGAUCAUGGCAACCUAGAAUGUGGAUUGUGAAUACGGAUCCGAACGAUGCAUACAAAUCUUCCAAUGCCAAACUCAUUCGCUCACAUGCGGCGAAAGAGGGUCAUUAUCGCCAGCGGGAAAGACGUCGGGGCCACCUGGAGGUCCGGCAAUAUCAACCCACUGUUCUGUCCAAGAAACACAAGCACCAUACAUCAGAAGGGGGGACUGGAACAAAAACCCAGAUCAGACCUCAAACAAUCAGCAAUCCUGAACCGCAAAGCUCGCUUUCACGUUAUCGGAGAGACCCUUUCCAACAUCAUGCUAGAACAACCUCACAUGUGGAAAAUGAGCUGAUGGAUCACUGCAAAUGCAGUGUCGAUAAUGGCUAUGUAAAUUGUGGUACUUGUAGUAGCCGCGGAGAGCCAUUUAGACAGCCGGUUAAUUCGUGUUGGGUCCCAUGGUCACUUGUGGACGAUGGUCUCCUUGCCGGUCUUCUCAUGACGGCAUGUCGCAGCCUCGUAUCUUUUCAGACACAAAACGAAUUUCACGCGACAUUACUUCUCAGGUAUAAAAAUGAGUGUGUUAAAAUGAUUCGCGCUGCGAUAUCCAACACAGAGAUCGGUGAUCAGACUAUCGCAUUGGCUCUAGUCUUGGCCGCUGAGGAGUUAAUGGCUGGAAAUUAUGCAGAAUAUUCUUUACACGGUACCGAAAUUAUUAAGAUGGUCAACAUACGAGGGGUCAUUAACAAUCUUGGAAAUGGCUUUUUAGAGCAUCUUUUGUAUAACCCAGCGUUAAAGAUGGUGCAGGGCCAAGAUUUGCCACCGCUGAGGAGAUAA